UUCUGGGUUUUGCAUAAAGGGCGUGGUCCGGGGGCUGCCGGCGGGGGAUUAGCCGCGCGGGGCUUUACGUAAGCGGGAUUACCGCGGGGCCUCCUCUCCUCCGAGGGCGCCCACCGGCCGCAGCCGCCAUGGGAGCCGCGGGCAGCAACCCAGGCGGGGAGCCGGCCGGCCGGGGUUUCCCCCAUAAGUUGCGGGGCCACGGCACGGACGCCUUGCCCGACGCUUUGUGGGUGCGAAGCUGGAAACGCCUCCUCUCCCACCUGGGUGGGACCCUCUUGGGUCUGGAGCAGGCCUUGGCAGCCCGAAGCCCGGCGAAACUGGAGCGGACACAGGGGGACCAGAAAGCCCCGGAUACAGGGGGUGUCGAGUGGCCCACGGCCCCCCACGCCUCGCUCUUCCUGCCCGAGUUUCCUGUCCAGCCCCCGUUGCAGGAGCAGCAACUCAAGAUUCUGGGCUUCCUGGCCAAGGGCACCUUUGGGACCGUCCUCAAAGUCCUGGACUGCUCUCAGGCGAAGGUCUUUGCGCUGAAGGUGGUGCCCAAAGUGGAGGUGCUUCGCAGGGACAGCGUGAGGCAAUGCAAGGAGGAGGUCAGCAUCCAGAGGCAGCUGCGCCACCCAUUCCUCCACUGUUUAGGGGACAGCUGGCAAGGAAAGCACCAUCUCUUCAUGAUGUGCAGCUACUGCAGCUCCGGGGAUCUGUUCACACUCUGGAAGUCGUCGGGACCCUUGGCUGAAGGCGCCAUCCGGCUCUUUGCCACGGAGCUCGUGCUGGUUUUGGCCUAUCUUCACAACCAGGGUAUUGUGCACCGGGACAUCAAGAUGGAAAACAUCCUCUUAGAUGAACAAGGUCACCUGAAGCUGGCCGAUUUUGGCCUCUCGCGGCAUCUGCCCUGGGGCCGGCGAGCCUUCACCAUCUGCGGGACCCUCCAGUGCAUGGCCCCAGAAGUGCUGAGAGGCGGUCCGUACGCGCACGCCGCCGACUGGUGGUCCCUGGGGGUGCUGCUGUUUGCGAUGGCCACUGGGCAGUUCCCGGUCCCCCCAGAGCGGGACCACGUGGCCAUGCUGCGGAGCGUGAAGCGCAGCGCAUACGCCAUCCCGGCCGGACUCAGCUGGGGCCUCCGACUCCUGCUCAGCGAGCUCCUGUGCCAGGACCCUCAGCGCCGGCCCUGCCGCCUCCACCACUUCCGCGCCCAGCUCUUCUUCUGCGGCAUGAGCUUCGAUGCCGACGUCCUCAGGAAGCAACCGGCAGACUUUGCCCUGGGCUGGCAGCAACUCAAGAGCCCCCCAGCGGACGCUGAUGCCUUCUUGGAGUUUGACUGUGACCUGGGGGGGUCCUGAGCCACUGGCAUUCCCCGGGGUGCCCCAGCGGUGCCCAAGAGGGGCUCUUGGCAGGCCCUUCUUGGUGUGGAUCCUCGGGCCAAGACCCCACCGUAAAUCUCCAAGGCGGGUGUCCGUUGCCACCCGCAGGACCUGGGCACCAGCUUCCUUCGCCCCCCCCCCCCAGCCCUUGUGCUUCGGGAAGGAAGGGCGGGUGUGGGUUUGGGGACCAGCAAGGUUGGGAGGCAGAAGAGGCAGAUUUGCAGAGUGGGAUGGGCGGAGGGCAGCCCACAGGAUGGGAAAGUUCUGUUCUUCCUCCAGUUUGGAUAUUGUUAAAUGCAGGCAGUCCUCGUCUUACAGCCGUUGACUUAGUGACUGUUCGAAGUUAACAGCGGCACUGAAAAAAGCGACUUAGGACUUGAUCCCCCAUGGUUACAUGAUCAAAAUUGAAAUGCUGGGCAACGGAGUCAUACUCACCUUUCUGAGACGGUCUAGGUUCUCCUGCUUGAGAGGGGGGGCUGGACUAGAAGACCUCCAAGGUCCCUUCCAUCUCCUAUUCUAUUCUAUUCUUCUUAUCAUCACUCC